CAUUUAAAACGAAACUAUGGGAGCGAAUCGGCCUCGGUGGAGUUUCUAGUCCUUGGUCCAUUUUAUUCAACUCGGAUCUUGGCGCUGCUUCGUGGGAAUAGAAUGCGCUAUUUGCUGGUCGUUAAGCCUGGCCGUUUAUGUUGCUUCUUUUUCUGAAAGCGGUUCGGAGUGAUGGGAAAGGCAUUUUCGUCCAGCCUUUUUAAGCCAUUUUCAACGUCCAAGUAGACUUAUAGUGAUUUGUACUGAAGGAUCCUUUUCCACCAUGUCAGAGUUCUGGUUAAUUUCAGCUCCAGGGGAUAAGGCAAAUUUGCUUGCCUGGGACAGAAUGAAUACUGUGACUUCGAAAGCCAACCUGUCCAGCAACAGCAAGUUCACCAUCCCUGACCUCAAGGUAGGAACACUGGAUGCACUGGUUGGCCUCUCAGAUGAGUUGGGAAAACUUGAUAGCUUUGCUGAAAGUGUAAUAAAGAAAAUUGCCCAAUAUAUUGGAGAAGUUUUAGAAGAUUCAAAAGAUAAAGUACAGGAAAACCUGCUGGCCAAUGGAGUUGACCUGAUUAGUUAUCUAACAAAGUUUGAAUGGGACAUGGCUAAGUAUCCAGUAAAACAGCCACUGAAGAACAUUUCAGAAGGAUUAGCAAAGCAAAUUACACAAAUCGAAACAGAUUUAAAAAGCCGAGCAGCGGUCUACAACAACAUCAAAGGAAACCUUCAGAAUCUGGAAAGAAAAACAGUAGGAAAUCUUUUGACCCGCACUUUAACAGAUAUAGUGAACAAAGAAGACUUUGUGUUGAAUUCCGAAUAUCUCAUCACUCUACUUGUUGUAGUUCCUAAAUCAAGCUAUGUACAAUGGCAAAAAACAUACGAAUCACUCUCAGAUAUGGUGGUUCCUCGCUCUACAAAGAUGAUCGCCGAAGAUGCAGAGGGAGGGCUCUUCACAGUCACCCUGUUCCGAAAAGUGGUUGAUGACUUUAAGGCCAAAGCCAGAGAAAACAAGUUCAUGGUGCGGGAAUUUUAUUUUGAUGAAAAAGAGCUGAAGUGCGAAAAGGAUGAAAUGAGGAAGCUAGCUUCGGAUAAGAAGCAACAGUAUGGUCCUCUGUUGAGAUGGUUGAAGGUGAACUUCAGUGAAGCAUUCGUGGCUUGGAUUCAUAUAAAGGCAUUAAGGGUUUUCUCAGAAUCUGUCCUCAGGUAUGGGUUACCGGUGAACUUCCAGGCAAUGCUACUUCAGCCUAAUAAGAAAUCUACCAAGAGGCUGAGAGAAGUACUAAAUGCGGUCUUCAAGCAUCUGGAUGAAGUAGCAGCAGCCAGCAUGAUGGAUACUUCCAUUGACAUUCCUGGCUUACAACUGAGCAAUCAAGACUACUACCCCUACGUCUAUUUCAGGAUUGACCUCAGCCUUCUCGAUUGCAGCUAAACCAUGCGGGACUAAGCGGGACUUGUUUUUCAGUAUUGUAGCAUUUGGUUGUGAGCGAAGUGUCAUCAUCUCAAGCUGUUUUGUUUUUAAGGCAAACGAACAGGAAUGUGGCCCUUUCAGUGCAGAAAGGGCAACCAAUUUUAAGUGUUAAUUGUAGUUUCUAGAUUUGGCUGGACUAUACCGCAGUUUGGUUGCCUUCUUCCAUUUUGAGAGUUAAGAUACUGGAAGCUUUCUCUGAUUGUAUUAGAAAACAUGCUUCACAAGGCAUUUGUGUUGUAGUUGUAUUUAUUGUUAUAAUUACAAAAAAAACCCUUAUCAACUAGGGUUUUAAAUAAAAUCAAAAGGUAUCUGGUGGUUAAAAUGGAAAUAUUCUUGUCAUAAAUUUGUAAUUUGUUUAAUGAAUUGAUUCAGUGCACACAGCAGUUACACACUAAAAUAGAAGGGGGAAAUACGUUUGAGAAGUUAGUCU